UUGGCUCAGGAAGACGGUAAACAAAGAUGAAGAGAAGACAUUAUAUUACUUAAUUUUCAACAACAUAAUUAAAGAUGGCGAAAUUUUUGAACACACAAGGUUUUAUACUAAUUGUUCUGGUAUUGGUAAAGUUAACAGACUCGGUUGAUGAACCAGAAAUUGACUGUAAAGAUCUUCUCAUGGGACAAUAUAUUUGUGACGAUCCUGUAAUAGAUACUGAAACUCAACAAGCCAGAAAUUGUAGUCAGGAAACUAGAACUGUUCAAGUGGCUUGUAGACCAGCCCCCAAAAUUAUCUGCAGUGGUCAAAUUCAUGAUGGAAUUACUAUUGGUUUCUACAAAAAUGUACCUUGUAAAUGGGUAAAUGGUGCCUCAUUUGAAACAGCUCUACUUUUAUCAGUAUUUUUAGGGAUGUUUGGAAUAGAUCGGUUUUAUCUAGGAUACCCAGCAAUAGGUUUGGUCAAGUUUGGUACAUUAGGUUUUAUGUUUUUAGGACAAUUGGUGGAUAUUCUAUUAAUAGCAACACAGAUGUUGGGACCAGCGGAUGGAUCAAAUUACUUAAUACAUUAUUUUGGUGCCGUUCUAUCUCGAGUUGUGGUGGACAAUACAACAUAUAUUAAACCUCAACAAUAUGAUGGAUACUGACAGACAUGGAAAUAACGAUUUUAGUUUUAAUGGACAAAAUAUCAGAUACUCUCAACUAGUACCUACCAGUUUGAACUCAUUGUAGUGCUGGGUAUUGCGAUUCAGGUACUAUGAUACGAUUCGUUUUACGAUUCAUAACCAGGUCAAUAUUUACAACAGGAUAAAUGAAUAAUUGAUAUUUUUUAGUCCUGUCGAUGUGGAAGAAAUAACACGAUAUUGAUGUGGAUCAAAAUAAGAACCAAAACAAUUUACGGGUGUCUGUGUACCUAUGAAUAAUGUGUGACAUGAAUACUUCAGAGAGACACGAUACUUACUGAAGUGACCAAAAAACAUAAAAAAAUGAAUCACGAUACAUUGAUUCAGCAUCUCACGAUACAUUGAUUCAGCAUCUCACGAUACAUUGAUUCAGCAUCUCACAAUUUAAUACACGAAUCGUGAGAAGGUGAAUCUCGAUACAUCUAUUCUACUAUAUAUCGUGUCAGCACUAUGUCAAUAAAACACAGAAAAAGACAUGUCAGUGCCAGAAAAAUCUUGAUCGGCACCAUUCGAUUCGUGCCUAACAAACAAUGAAUCUGUGCCUGACGAUUCAGUGACAAUUGUCUUGUUUCCAGAAUUGGUCGUCUGAAAAUAUCAAUCUGUAAAGUUAAUCAAUUUGGACACUGUUAAGUAACUCUUCCAGAUCUUACAGAAGUUUGUGUACAAGGUGACAAUGUUGUGUUAAAUGGAUAUUAAACCUUUAUUCUCGAUCUCCCUACUGUCUGCUUGGUAUAGUCUAUUGUCAGGUCAUUCGGGCAUGUUGGAAUUUCUCAAACUUGUUUGACCUAUCAGAUGUUAGUGUGCAAUGUUUAUUGCUGAACACAAGGAUAGCUGAUCGGUGUGGUCAUGAUAGACAAGCUAUGUGAAUACCUUUUAAAACAAGCUUUUGGUAAUGUCUGUUCUUCUUUAUUAGGGUUAGACGUCACAUUAUCAGAAUUCUAAAUAGAAGGUAAACAAUCUCGCAAACCCGCCUGACAACAGAUUGUCCCAUAAUGCUUUUUUCAUUCCAAUAUACAUGUAAUUCAAACUUUUCAUAGUUUUAAUGCAUUUGACAGUAAGUGCAUAUUCUUAAAUCAAUCAGUAUAAUAUAGGUAUGUUCAUUGUUCGUGGAAACAAAUAAACCACUUUCAGUAUAGUUUUAUGGACUGUUACAUGUAUUAUAUUGUAAUGUAGUACUUUAUUCACAAACACAGGAAUCCAAGUCUUUUUCAUUUAAUUCAUUAUGUAAAUACACUCUAAAUUUUGUAAAUAUGACAUAUUUUUUUUAUACUUAGACAGGCAUUGUUGUCCUAGUAACUAGGAAGCCCCAUUGUCGAUCCCAUGUUGUCCUUGCGAUUUUCCAGUCUGGCAUUCCCAUUUCAGAGGUGGAGGACAGCAAGCCUGACAGGACGAAAAGUGUCUAGUUUUUUGGAUUAAAGCAAAAAACAAGGUGCACCCAUGUAGUCGUUGGUACUAUACAGUGCACAAAUUUGGAAUUUGAUUAAGAGGAGUCACCAUUGUAACUAUCAUUAUUUUGCUGUAUAAAAUAUACUUUAAAUAUACAUUUUCACUUCAUUAAAGCCACUGAACGUCAUAUGAAAUCUUCAGAGAAUAUCUAAUUUAUUACAGCUUAUAUCACACUUCAGAAUAAUCAAACUGAUAAUUUAAAGGAGGAAAGUCUUUAACUCAAUAUCAUCCACAGUCUUCGACAUUGCAAACACGACUUCAGGGGCGGAUCCAGAAGGGGCGUUGAGGGCAAACAGGGUGUUAGAUGCUUCUCUUUAAAAAGAUCUGUGUGUAGUAUGCCUACGUAAUUUGGAAAUGAUGAUGGCAACAUGCAUUAUCAACUGUCAAAUUUCCUCAACAGGAACCAUGCAAACCCCCACCUGCAAAAAUUCCUAGAUCCACCCCUGGACUUAUUGGUCAAUUUAAAUCAACAUUGAUGUUGUUAUCUUACCAUGUUAUCUGAUGUCCAAUAUUUAAGACAAAAUGGAAAUUUAAAAAUUGGCACAUAAUGAAGCGACUCGAUGAACGAGGCUACACAUAUUCCAUGUAGGAUAAUACUACAGGUGUAGACUGGAAUAUCUAGACGCCAAAGAUUGCCAUUCAAUUUGAACUUUUCACAUAUUUCGCCGAACAUAACUGAUUAGAUAUCAUAGUAAAAACAGAAAUGGUUGAAUGUAAAUCAGUUUAUAUACGUUCAUAUUACAUUAUUAUGUGCGCUGCGACCCAUUUCAGUCCAUUUCUAGGUCCCAAAUAUUAGCGAUUAGCUCCUUUAAUGAAGAAAACAAAACCAGCAGUGGAUAAUCUCCCAUCUUAGUUUCAAUGCCGGGAUUAAAAGAUCCCUUUCAAAAGACUUUAUUUAUCCAACACUUAUAGGUGCUGUCGCUGGCCUGCUUUGCUAAUAUCGUUUGUAGAAGAAGCAAAAUUUUCAAUUCAUCAUUUAUUUUUGGAUGCUGAACAGAAUUGAACCAUUUUGUACCGAUAUUGCUUUUAGAGAUCAACUUUCAGAUGAUUAUAGUUUGCAAAGGUUUCAAAUUCUCUCCAAUGACGAUUGGCGGCUAUAAACUUUUGAAUAGAAAAAGAAGUGCUGAAUGAAUGGAAGUUUAUCCUUGAUAUUAUAGCCAUCAGUGGCGGAUUAAGCUCCACCAAGGCCUGAGGCGGCAGUUGCUGGAGGACCUAAGUUUUUAAAUAGGGCCUAUUUAAAAUGGCGUGGGUCUAUUUAAAAUGGCGUGGGCCUAAUUAAUUUCGGGUCAGGGCCUAUGUUGAUUCCCGUUGGGCCUAAACCCAACCCCCCUAACAUUCAUUGUCUAUGCGUUUUUAAUCGUAUCAGACAAGUCUAAAAAAAAUUUUUUUACAAAAUCUUUGGGCCUGAGGCUGCAGCCUCAUCAGCCUCACUGAUAAUCCGCUACUGAUAGCCAUGUGUAAAAAUAUGUUGUAUUAUAUAUGUACUGUUAGUUAUUACUGAUGAUAUAUAUAAUGUAUAUUAUAACUGUAUCUUCUGGUCAGUGAAUAUGUAAAUAUCAGAUAUUAUGUAGUAUUAAUAUAAUUGUAACAUAUUUACAUUAAUAUUCAAUGUUAUUGGUUGUCAUGUGAUCAAUCUGAUUAAAAUACAGAUCUAUAUUC